AUGCGGGAUUCUAGAGUGAAAACAGACGGAGACCAGGUUGAGAAACCGAGUGAUAACGGUGUAAAUCGAGAUAUCGAGCAGCGACAGUCUAACGAAGUUGAAGAUGCACAAAACCCUUCGGUAUUCAAGUCUCUAGGAAUUCUAGAUCGAUUCCUAGCCGUCUGGAUCUUUCUCGCUAUGUUAAUUGGCAUUCUGCUCGGAAACUUCGUCCCUAACGCUGGGCAAGCGCUUCAACAGGGCAAGUUUGCUGGCGUCUCUGUGCCGAUAGCCGUUGGUCUAUUGGUGAUGAUGUACCCCAUCUUGUGCAAGGUUCAGUACGAGAAACUACAUACCAUCUUCCGUACAAGAGAGGUUUGGAUUCAGCUCGGCUUUAGCGUCAUCCUCAACUGGAUCGUUGCACCGUUCUUCAUGCUUACCUUAUCAUGGGCUUUCCUACCAGACAAGCAGGGUCUUAGAAACGGUUUGAUUCUUGUUGGAGUCGCGAGGUGUAUCGCCAUGGUCUUGAUUUGGACAAGCCUGGCCCGAGGAGAUGGAAAUUAUUGCGCCAUUCUCGUGGCAGUCAAUUCUUUCCUGCAAAUCGUUCUCUUCGCCCCUGUCGCCCUGCUCUUCAUCCGAGUAAUCGGCCAAGAUCACAGUAUCUCGUCUAUCUCGUACUCGACGGUUGCCUCAGCAGUUGGCAUCUUUCUCGGCAUUCCCCUCGGCGCGGCCAUCCUCACGCGGCUCUCACUAGUCUACACCAUCGGGGUCGACACGUACAACAACAGAAUAAUACCUUUCCUAGCACCCUGGUCACUCAUCGGUCUCUUGUAUACCAUCAUCGUCCUCUUCGCCUCUCAAGGUUCCCAAGUCGUUCACCAAAUCGUCUCAGUGGUUCGCGUGGCGGCGCCGCUAGUGGUCUACUUCUCCGUCAUCUUCUCGGCGACCCUGCUCGUCGCCCGCAGACUGGGAUUCCGCUACGGUCUCGCAUGUACACAGGCCUUCACGGCGGCAAGCAACAACUUUGAGCUAGCUAUCGCGAUAGCUGUCGCGGCUUACGGGCCUGAAUCGGAUGAGGCACUUGCCACGACUGUCGGGCCGCUCAUCGAGGUGCCGGUGCUCCUUGGGCUGGUCUACUUUGUCAAGUGGUUUGCUAAGCGGUACGGCUGGGAGGAUUAA